UAAACUUAAUGUUAUUCCUUUUGUCCUGUAUCGUUGUUUUUAUUCUGUUAUAAUUUCACCUUUGCUAUUUUAACGGGGCUGUAUUCAUACAUUUAUUUAUUUAUUAUCAGAAAUUACUAUAUCAAUUUACAAAACCAUCAGAUCUAUCAAGGCUCAUCAAAAUCGAUACCUAAACUAUUAUUGAUUUUUACUUGUUAAUGUAAUGUACUGGUUUUUAGGUACCAGGUAAAUUAAUUAAGACGAUGGCCACAUUAGUGCAAUCUUAUGAGCAGCAAUAUUCGGUGCUUACUGCCGACAUCACUGCAAAAAUAGGACGAUUAAAAAAUGGCACUGCAGAAAACCGAGAACAAUUAUCAAGAGAAAUACAGUCAAACUUUGAAGAGGCAAAUGAUUUGUUGGAACAGUUGGAGUUGGAAGCACGAGGUCCCCGUGUAGCUGCUUACCGUGCUGAACUGCAGCGAGUCAAACAACAGUUCAAAACUACACUCGGAACCAAUGGACAUUUAGUGGGUGAGGUGUCUGAGAGUGAGGACUGGGGUGCGGGCGACGAGCGUCGACAGUUGCUCGACAACUCAGAGCGCCUUGAACGCGGAGGCCGAGUUCUGUCUGAAGGAUAUAGAGUCCUACUCGAGACUGAACAGGUGGGAGCAGCUGUGCUGCAGGAUCUUAGUGUACAGCGGGAGACUAUACAGCGGUCGCGCGCUCGGCUGCGCGAGACAGACGAGGAGCUGGGUCGGUCGUGGCGGGUGGCGGCGGGCAUGUCGGCGCGCGCGCUGCGGCACCGCGCGCUGCUGCUGGCGGCGCUGGGCGCGCUGGCGCUGCUCACGGGGCUGGCGCUCUACCUGGCGCUGUCCUGAUGCUGGCCGGCGUGCGGCGCCCGCAAGCGCUGCGCCGCCCUGCCGCUCGAGCGAAUACUCAACGUACCUGUCCUGAAACUAGGAUUGACCUUCGAGAAGAUGUUACAUAAUAUGAAACCGUAAAACUAUCCUAAGCAUAUUUUCUUUGGGCGCAUUUUUUUGUUUUUUUGAAGUGAAACUUCUUUAGAAUCGUUGUGUUUUCAAACUCGAUAAAACGAAAUGAAACGAAACGAAAAAAUAAGUUCGAGCGCCGCCGACAAAUCACAAAGCACUCCACACGGUCUCGCGUCCCCGACUAGUUCAGUGUGUUUUUGACGUCCAUACACGCUAUCGUGGCUCUCGGAGCGCCCUGAGAUACUUUUAUUUCUAUUUA